AUGCGCAUAAUGAAAGUACAUCCAAUUUUAAAGACCUCAGUAAUCUUGAGUUUGGUGAAUCAAUACAUGGUCUUGAGUCUGAUGAGCUGAUAUAUGAUCUUGAAUUUAAUAGACCAACGUAUGAUUCAGUAGUUGUUGUUCAAGAAAAUAAAGAUGUCAGAUUGGACUGUUCUAAAGAGAAGUUAUAUGAAGAAAUGGUAUUUAAAAGUUGGGAAGAAGCAUUUGACACGUUAAAACUAUAUUCUCAAUAUGAAGGGUUUAAGCUAAAGAAAGGAUGGGUUAAAAAGACUUCUAAUGGAACUAUACAAAAAAGAUCAAUGUUGUGUGAACACAGCGGCGAAUAUAAAUCUAAAAACAUGCAAUUGACUAAAGAAACAAGCACAAAAUAUAUCAAAUGUCCAUGUGAACUUACCCAAGAAACGUAUGAUAGGGUAGAAUUUUAUGUAAAUACUGUUAAGUUAAAGCUACUACAAAUUCAGAGAGCUUUACGAAAAGAAUUUUCUGACCACGAAGUUUACCUUUCUGAAAUUCAUAAAGCAACAACAAAAUAUUAUAGUAGAAAACGAAAGGAUAUGUUAAAUAAUGCUGCAUCAUUGUACAAAGAAUUAGUAAGAAGAAAAAAUGAAGAUCCUCGAUGGUAUGUUGCAAUUGAGUGGAACCGAGAAUCACAUAGCCUUCAAAAGCUAUUUUAG